AUGGCGUUGCAGACACCUCCAAAACAGAGCUCCCUCAUUCGCACAUCCUUCGCCAUGUUCGCCCAGACUCUGUUCUUUUUGGGACUGAUCCUGUCCGCCGUGGUGGCCAUUCCCAUUGAUCCCUACGGACUGUCUUCACCCGGCCUCACCUAUGCUGCCCCCAAAUUGCUAGCUGCUCCUGCCAUUUCCUAUGCUGCUCCCAAGCUCCUGGCUGGUCCGGCCAUCUCGUAUGCCGCUCCUGCCAUCUCCUAUGCCCCCAAGGUCCUGGCUGCUCCCGUCGCCGUGGCCAAGGUGGCCGUGGCCGAGCCCUACGAUCCCAAUCCGCAGUAUAGCUUCUCGUACGGAGUAACCGACCACCACACUGGGGAUUCCAAGCAGCAGGAGGAGACUCUGGUCAAUGGCGUCGUCCACGGUAGCUACUCCCUGGCCGAACCCGAUGGCACCAUCCGCAAGGUAACCUACACCGCCGACAAGGUCAAUGGAUUCAAUGCCGUGGUGGAGAAGAAGGGCGUGGCCGCGGUGGCCAUUGCCAAGCCAGCUCUUGCCGUCGCCGCCGUUCCAGCCAUCACCAAGAUUGGAUACGCCUCGGCGCCUGGCCUGAGUCUGGGUGGCUACCACUAA